UGCGUCACCAUCUGAGCUGUGCUGCAGCAGCCUGAGCCGGUGCUGAAGGAAGCCUCCCAUGUCCAUCACAGGCCAUGCUCCAAUCGCAACCCAGUAAACCACCACACAUUACAGUAUUCAUUCUUCUCCCUAGUUCACUUUAGACAUACACAGAAACAGAAACAACACACUCUGUCUCUCACACACACACACACACACACGCGCGCACACACACUACACACACAUUGACACACACUCACACACACACACUACACACACACACAUCCACACACCAUACAUGCCGUGCAUCUUCAUGUGAGGAAGAGGAGGAAAGAGAGCGAUGAAAAGAGUGAGAAGAAAAGGGGGGAACAAGGAGAAGGUGUUUGGCUGUGAUCUUAUGGAACACCUGUCCACCACCUGUCAGGAGGUUCCUCAGGUGCUGCGUUCCUGCAGUGAGUUUCUUGAGGAACAUGGAAUUGUUGAUGGGAUUUACAGACUGUCAGGCGUGUCAUCCAACACACAGAAACUACGGUCUGAGUUUGACAUUGAGGGGAAUCCAGACCUGACGAAGGACGUGUACCUGCAGGACAUUCACUGUGUCAGCUCCGUCUGCAAGGCCUACUUCAGAGAGCUGCCCAACCCUCUGCUCACCUACCAGCUCUACGACCGCUUCGCUGAUGCAGUGGCUGUCCAGGGGGAGGAUGAGAGGCUGGUGAAGAUUAGAGAUGUGCUGAGGGACUUACCUUCUCCCCACUUCAGGACUCUGGAGUUUCUGAUGCGUCAUCUGGUUAAGAUGUCCACCUUCUCUGCUGAGACAAACAUGCACUCCAGGAACCUGGCCAUUGUAUGGGCUCCAAACCUGCUCAGGUCUAAGGACAUUGAGGUAUCUGGCUUCAACGGCACAUCAGCCUUUAUGGAGGUGCGCGUCCAGUCGAUCGUGGUUGAGUUCGUCCUCACUCACGUACCUCAACUCUUCCCUGACACAGCUUUAGGAGUGCCAACCGAGCGCAGGAAGUCCCUCCCCUCACCCACCAUGCAGGAUGAGCCCUUCUUUAGGUCCAUACCGUUCAACUGUCCCGGCAACAUGAGCCCAGGGGAUGCCCCUCCAGCCAUGAGGCCCUACCACGCCAUCAUUGAGCCGUCAGACAAGAGAAAGGGUUCACUGAAGGGACGCAAGUGGAAAUCCAUAUUUAAUCUCGGGGGCCGGCUGCCUGAUCCUCGCAAACGCCACAAGGGUUCCACCAAAGAGAAAGAGAAGCAGACUUUAAGGCCGGCUAAGAGCAUGGACUCCCUCAGCCAAGGCCUUUAUGAAGGCAACCGUCAGGGCCCCUCGCCCACUCAGCUGUCUCCUGUGGCCCCCAUGGGGCAGGAAGGCGGGGCUUCGGGCGGAGGAGGUGGAACCGGGCUCGUCACCAACAGCUACGCAGUGACGUACAGGCGAGGGGGCGGCACAAGUGUGAGCGUGGUCAGUGGCGGGGGUGGGACUCAGGGCACCUACAGCCGCCUGGACUCUGUGGACGGGGCCUCUGGAGGAAGUGAGGGGAAAGGUGCAGGGGCAGGGGCAGGGGCAGGGGGAGGCGCAGGGGCAGGGGCAGGGGCAGGGGCGGGGCGGGGGGCGUUGUUGUCCUCAGUGAGUAGGUCACCAGGGAUGGCCAGCAGGGCAGACAAGAGGGCGGGGAUCCAUAUCUCGGGGCCGUUCUCGGUCACCGUGCCCCUUCACAUCACCUCCGGACUGCUAAGGGUCAGCCAGGGGGCCAGGGGGGAGGAGGACAUACCUCCCCCAGCAGAGGAAGUGGGGGAAAGACGGAGGUCAGACAUAGAGGAGGAAAAGGAGGAGGAGGAGAGAGGUCAAAAGGAAGACGGGAAAAGAGAGGAGGAAGAGCAAAACCAGACAGAGGAAGGAGCAAGAGAGGGUCAGGGUGGGAUGGGAGGAGAGAGAGAAGAACAGGGAGGGGACGAGAAAGAAGGACUGAGAAAGAGAAAUGACAGAGUGGUAGCGGUAGCGGUCACACCCCUGUCUAUGGAUGGAGAGGGUGAAGAGAGGAGUGUGAACGGGUGCCUGAGCAGUGAGGAGGAGGACCCAAAUGAAGAAGAUGAGGCAGAGGGGGGAAAGGAGGAACAGUGUGAAACUGGAGAAGGAGAUUAUAUGGAGAUGAGGCCCACAGUGGAGACAGCCCCUCCUGCAGCUGACCGAACACCAUCUGCUAGUUGUUCUGGAGAAGCUUCCGUUCCCCUGUCUGUAGAGGAGGAGUCCCCAGAUUCAGGCCUCCCUCUGGACUUCCAGGACACCUUUGGGUUCCUCGAUAUGAUGGACAGCAGCGUACCCCAACCGAAUAAUGAGUUCUCUGUGGAGCCUCCUUGCUUUGGGGAAGAUGGGUAUGAAGACCAGUCCUGGUUCACCCAUGACCACCAGCCAUCUUCUCAAAUGCACACCCCAACUUCUCUUCCAACUUCCCUUCCGGAACACACACGUCUGCCGAGCAAAUCCCACAGCCUACCCUUCAAAUGCAAGCCCUUCUUCUGUGAGAGAUCCUCUUCUUCAGAUGAAGAUGAAGACAAAGACGAGGCUGACCUCUCGAGUGAUGAAGAUGAGGAGGAUGAAGAUGAUGAGAAGGGAGAGUAUGAGGAUAUGUUCAUCCGUAGUCUCCCGAAUGAACUGGAGUUUCACGCCAUUCCGUGGUUUGGAUCCAGAGGCAAGCCUCUGCCAGCCACUAGCAGAGAAGAUGCUUGUCUCAGUGGCCAAUCAGAGGACACUGUUCAGAUAGCUGUUAGUCCACCAACUAGUGGCACUGUUCACACUUCCAAGGUGGACCAAUCAGAUAGUUCAAAUCAUGACAAUUCCUUGGUUAGCACUAGUGUUUGUGUCAACCAAUCAGAGAGACAAGUCAUACAUGACCAUGUCCAGCUGCUUUUCAGCACUCAGGAAAUCGCUGACAGUGACCAAUCACAAAGCUCACCUGAGACAGACUCCAGUUCGCUACCCAAUCAGUUCACCGACAUUAUCCCUCUUAACCAAUCAGAGUGCUCAGACGUACAGAUAGACUCAAGUCAUGAUUAUGCAGUCAUGAGGGGAAGAGAUGGAGAGGGGGAUGGAAUGACAAAUGAAGAGAGGAAAAAGGAAACACAUGCAAAGGCAGAAGAGAAGAAAGAAGAAGAGAGGGGAGAGGAAAAGAUUGAGACAAGCUGCGAAAAUGCACAGAAUACAGAUAGACAGAGAGCGGGUGAAGAGAGGGCCCUGGGGGAGACAGUGAGCGCCUCUGCCACUGGAGCACAGGGUCACACUCAGGCAGAGCAGGACUCCUCCCACACAGCCCAAACUCACCUCAGCCCUCAGCUGCCAGGCAGUGUUUGCCAUGGCAGCACUGAGGACUCUAAGUGUUACCACAGCGAAGGAGAGAACAAGGUGGACUUGCCAGACCUCACCAAUAAAACAGCCCCCACCGCCCCCUCGCAGGAAGAGACUGGGGCUGGAGAAGAGAGGCUGACUGUGGUUUCCCAUGAGCACAGAGAAGGAGGAGGGCAGGACGGAAAAUGCCAAAAUGAUGAGGAAAGUGAGGAAACGGAGGAAGAAAAGGAUGGAGAAAAUGAUGGAGAGACAGAGAGAGGUCAUGGUGAGAUAGAGAGUGACAGAGAGGGGUGUGUGCAAGAAGAGAGAAUAAAACAUGAAGAGAUUGAAGGGGAUGGGGAGGGGGAGGAGGAGCCUGAGCAAAGGGUUAGCAGAAGGACAGAGAGAGAGGAGGAACAUGAAGGACAUAGACCACCUGUGGAGGAGGAAGAGGAAGAACGAGAGCAGACAGUUGGAGAGGAGAGGGGAGUCACAGAUGGACAGGACAAUGCAGAGGAAACCAAAGACAAGAGAAAAAUAGAUGAAGGAAAAGAAGAAAGCGAGACAAAAGGGGGAGAAAACGACACCUCCACAAGCACAGAAGAGGUUAGCACCACGAGCACAGAACAGGCUAGCACCAUGAGCACAGAACAGGCUAGCACCCUGAGUGUACAGGUGGAAAAAGAGAGGGAGGAGGGAAAGGAGGGCUAUCCAGAGGAGACAGCUGAAGACAGACACCAAGAGGCUGAGUUGCUGCUGGAGUCACAGCUGGGCCACAGGGCCAGUGAAGGGGCAGAGCAACCCAAAGUCGGGGAGGGGAGGGUAGAGGAGAGAGAGCAGACAGAAAAACAUGUCCACGAGGCAGAGAAAGGAGGGGAAAGGAAUGUCACAAAAGAGACGGAUAGAGAGGGCAAGACGGACGACAAGCUGAUGGCUUUGGGGCCAGGUUUGGGCAGGACCCUGGUGGUGUCCAAACAAGUGCCCCCGAGGACACAGCAGGUGAAGGCCGUGCCCCUGGUGCCCCCCAAGCCACAGCAGUCCCGUCUCACCGCACAUAACCUCAGACAGCAGCUGCAGAACAGAGACAUACAGGCAGAGCAGAGAGAGAGAGACACACCACACAGAGAUAUGCAGGCCCCAGAUACAAAGACACUGCAACAGGACACACAGACACCAAAGAAAGAUGCUGAGACGACCCAAGACACACAGACCCCGAACACAGAAAUACUGCAUACACGCGAGGACAGAGAACAUCAGGAACAGACUCAGACACAUUCGUCUGCAGCUCAAGAGUAUGCAGAUGCACAGCUCCACACAGACACAAUACAACCCUGUGGGCCGCAGAGCAACCCACCUCCACCAGGGCAUCGAGGCACAGAACCAGAAGCAGAACCACCACACAUAGUCAUAAGCCAGCAGCAAUCACAUCUGGAGACACCAGAGCAGUCACAGCACAGCACAGCAGAGCAACCCACAGAACUCAGAGAGAGUGAGAGAGAGGUGGAGAUGGGAGGGAAGUGGGGAGGGAAAGAAAGAGUCAGACAGGAAGAGCCUAUAGACAUGCAGGCGGAUUGGAGGGGUGGGGAGAGACAGAGCGAGAGGGAGACAGGGAGAGAAGGAAGCCCUGACGUUAAAAAGGACAGACUGAGUCUCCGGGAAGGAGAACGAGAGCGGAGACCCAGAGAGCGAGAGGUGAAGAGGAACAGCGGGAUCAGCAUCUGCUUUGAUGAAGCGGUUGCUCGGGCAACAAGAGAGCGAGAGAGGGAAAGGGAACACAGUGAAAGAGAGAAAGAGAGGGAGAGAGGGGGGAAUGUUCAGGAUGAAAAGGCCAGACUUUGAGAGAGUUCAUGGAGAGAGCUUGGGGG